AUUUCCCUUUGUAAACAAGGAAACGAGGAAGUUAAAAAUGGAAAAAUGAGUAAUUUUUUGUAACUGUUAUAUCAAGAUCAAAAGGAUGACAUGCUCUGAGGAAGACGUCAUGACUAGUUUAAAAGCUAGUGUACUACAUGAAAGCCGACCUCUUCUUUGUAAAAACUUGGAUCCCAAACUCCACUACCCUUACCUGCGGUCAAAGUAUGUUUUAAGUGAAGAUGAUGAGGAGUUGAUUGAAGUUGAACAGUUGAGAAAAAGAAAAGUUCACAAAAUGAUUGAUAUUCUGAUGAAGAAAGGCAGGAAAGGGUUUGAUGAGCUGGUAAUUUCUAUAAUACAAGAGAGAACACAACUAUUCUUGGCUGAAAGCCUUAACAAAGCCUUUGAAGAGAAAAGGAAAAGAUUGAUAGCCCUUACAGCACAAAACAAUGAUGACUUGAUGACAUCAGUUGGUUCUGUAGGGCAUGUUCCUGCCAAUGAGAAGAAAAUAGAAGACUUCAGCUUAAACGGCACAAACCUUGGCAGCUUGCCAAAAUUUUCUGUUUUAAAUUCAGAUAAAAACUACAAAAACUCCACCCUAUCACUAGGCACUUUGGGAAAUUCAUUCUCAGAAUUAGACGUAGACACUGAUAGCUUGCCAAAACCCACAAUGCCAAAAAGAAAUGAAGAUGAUCUGAAAAUGUACAGAAAAAAGAGUUGUGAAAAUUCCUUUGAUGAAGACCUGGAUGAGGUAAAGUCCCUUCCAGACAGCACAACAUCGGAAAAUGAGUCAAAGGCUUAGUUCUUCUACAAAUCUAUGACUGUUGGGGGAAGGGAAUACAGGAGAUAUUUUAUCAGAGUAGAUUUUUAUGCUGCCACCACAUGUUUUAGCUUUUUUUAUGAUACUUUAAAUUCAUUUUAUAAUUCCCUAUUAUUUUUACAGUUAAUAUACACACAAAAUUUUAACAAUCUAUACAAUCUACCUAAAACUAAAUUUUGUUAUUAAAGUCUGUGCUAAAACAUAUACAAACAAGGCACACCUAUAACAAAGUCAUUAAUCAUACUUUUUAGAAAAUAUUUUUGUACAUUUCUAGCAACAUCUUGUACGUGUAGUUUUGUAAUUUCCAUCAGGGUAUAACCUUUUUACUGUUUCUGUAUACAUGAAUACACAUGCACAUGUAUGUUAAGUUUUUACAUACUUUAAAUUACUGCUAAAACAAUGCAUAACAUCGCUAUUUGCAGAAUCAUAAACUUUAUACUGUUUCCAUAUUCUGUAUAAUUAUACAAUUUAAUCUUAGAAUAGAAUUAUUUUGUAUUAAAUAGUAAGUAUUAAAUAGUAGGUAUUAAAUAGUAUGUAUUAAAUAGUAUAGUAUGUAUUAAAUAGUAUGACAGUAAUUGUAUUAAAUAGUAUGUAUCAAAUAGUAUGCACUAAUUGUCAAUUAGAAGAUCAAUCUGAGGCUGUGACAGGGUAGAAAUCUACUUAUAUCUAUAUAUUGAUACAAACUGAGGCUGUGACAGGGUAGAAAUCUACUUAUAUCUAUAUAUUGAUACAAUCUGGCAUUCCAUGCAAAAUUUACAAGUAGUAAUGUAUAUAUCUAUUUUUAGAUGACCUUUUCCAUACAAUAAGGUUCUUCAUUAAGUUUGCAUGUUACAAAUCCAAUUUAAAUUUAUUUGUUUAUGUAUAGAACAUGUUUAGUCAUUUUUCUUAGGCUUUACAAUAAGAGAUAAUUAUACUACUGUGAAAUCAGAUUUUUUUGUGGGGCUUUAAUUUUGCUACAUCAAAAUUUUUCUUGCAAAAACUAGAAAAAAACAUUAUAAGAAAUUAUUGCACAGAUCUAACUUUGUAGUAAUAAUUCAAUUAUAUUUUCAUUUGCGUUUUGUUUCCUUGAAAUAUAUUUUAAAAAAGUUCCCAGUUUUAAAUGAGAUAUAUACAUGUAUACAUGUAUUUCAGAUUUUCCAAAAAAUAUGAAAGAAAUAUCCUAUAUCAAAGAUUUAACAUUCAGAAAAAAUAUAGACAAUAUAAGUAAGCGCAUGUUUGUUGUAUGAUAUUUAAUUUGAAGUUCAAUUUCCUACAUUUAGUAUGAUUUGACAGCUGUCUAUAAUGAUACAUGGAUAAUUGGUUGUGACAAGUGUAGAGCUUAGUAUGUGAUACUGGUGGCUGCUUGAUUUUAUUUAUUUAUUUUUCUGUGAUUUAACCUGGUACAUAAUUAUAUUCUUGCAUAUCAGUCAGGAUAAUCUACCAUUUACUCCGGUGCUAGAAACACCUGUCUUAUACCGCCAUGUAAGACAAGUCGCAUGCUAUAAAUGAUGUCAUUGCUGCCUGCCAUUAAUGAAUGAAUUGCGGUCUUAGGAUGACGUCAUUUUACCAUUAUAAAUGAUUUAAGUUCAUACGCUACUAUAAGAAAAAAGUGCAUAAUGAGAAUAUCAGUUUUCAUAAUUUUUGUUCUGAAAAUAAUUGACAUGUAAUAUGCAAGAAAAAGAAUCAAACAUCGGUUGUUGGUACAGACCGGAAUAUCUAGCUCUCAGGUAACUGUUUAGCAGAAACUCGGCAGAGCCUCGUUUCCGCUGUAAACAGUUACCCUCGAGCUAGAUAUUCCGGUCUGUACCGCCAGCCAGUGUAAGAUUCUUGUAAUAUAACAGUGUAAGCAACUGAAGAUUGUGCCAUGUUAUCGUUUCAUCCAAUCGGAUGUAAACACCGCUAUUUUUUAAUAUUGAUUGGAAGUUGUUGGAACUUAAAGUAUAAAUAAGAUUUUAGCAGUGCUUUUAUAUUUUAUUGGUCUGAACAUAAAAUUUAUCAAUAUUAAUGUACAUGUACAUUGUAGUUUUUAAUAAAAUUGGCAUUAAUAGAUUAUUUUAAAUAUAGCUUAUCAAUUGAUUGGCUGUCAAAUGGGCGUGAACAUAAGAGAGCUCAUCUUGUUGGUAGUUGCUUGUCCUAUUAUAUUGUGUCCUAGAUUUAAUGUGAGCCGCGUCACGACAAAACCACGCAGUCUGAUCAGGAUCCAUGCUGUUCGCUUACAGACGCUUAACAAGUAAAGAAACUGAUAGCGAACAGCAUGGAUCCUGAUCAGACUGCGCGAAGGCGCAGGCUGGUCUGGAUCCAUGCUGGUCGCAAACCCAUUAUGUUGGUUUUGUCGUGACGCGGCUCAUGUAAUAUAACAUUAUGAACAGUUCUAGAAAGAAAGACUUGUCUCCUAUGUAUGCAUUAACCCUUUCCCCCUUGAGCAUAUUGUGAAAAAUGGCCAUUUUCACUGAAAAGCCUCCUCUUACAAGUUCAAACCGCUAUGAAACUAUGAAAAAUGCUUCAAUACUAAUCAAACUUGGCACAAAUGUUGACUGGACCAUUGCCUUUGUAACGACAUGCUCAGUCUUAAAUUUCCUGUUACCAUGGCAACGAGGGGACAUCUCAAAAUUGCCAAAAAUCACUUUUUUGCCUCGAUUUUUUCCAUCAAAAUUUAUUCCAAAGUGCUGCAACUUCUCAAGGGAUUGAGAUAGAGUGAAAGGCUUUUCAGCGUUUGGUUACACGUUACCUUAUGAUCUACCUGGGGUCAUUUUAAGCCUCUCACAAGUCCAAAAUUUUCUUGGCGAUGAGGGGGACUCCGCCCCCCCCCCCCCCCCUUCAAAUCCCCCCAAACAGCAACAUUUCUCAAACGAAAACAUGUGUUUGGGGCCCAAAUAGAACAUUAUUUCACUAUUUCAGGCCUAAGAAAGGGGGCGGGGGUCAAAAGUGUGUUGUUUCGCGUAUAUAUGAGGUAAAGGGUUAAAGAGUGCAAGGUGUUGGUCUAAUUGAUAAAAAAAAGUAAUUCUACAAAAUGAUGUAAAAUUAAAGAGGCUUCUUCACAUUUCAAGGUGAAUAUCUAGUUAAUUGAUUUGCAUAUGGUAUUUCAUUAGAAACAAAUCAAAGUAAAUUGAAAUAAUGUUAUAAAUAUAUCCAAGAAAAAAUUAAACUUAUCCAAAAAAAUUUAAA